AAAAUUCCCUCUCUGCCAUCGUCCUCCUGCAGUUCUGCUCUUCGAACUUCGGAUUCCCUGUGUGUUUAGGGUUCAACCUCACCGACUCUCCUUCUCCAAAAUCCAAGCUUCCUCUUCAAUUUUCUUGUUUCUGUGUUUCGAAGAAUUGAGGCUCCGCAAUGGCGCGUAAUGAGGAGAAAGCCCAAUCGAUGCUCAAUCGAUUCAUCGCCAUGAAGGCCGAGGAAAAGAAGAAACCCAAGGAACGCCGCCCGUACCUCGCCUCCGAAUGUCGCGACCUCUCCGAGGCUGACAAAUGGCGCCAGCAGAUCAUGCGGGAGAUUGGCCGCAAAGUUGCCGAGAUCCAGAAUGAAGGCCUGGGCGAGCACCGACUACGUGAUCUCAAUGAUGAGAUUAACAAGCUUAUUCGGGAGAAAUCGCAUUGGGAGAGGCGUAUCGUGGAGCUUGGCGGUUCUAAUUAUGCCAAACAUGCGCCGAAGAUGACGGAUUUGGAAGGGAAUAUAGUAGACGUUCCGAACCCUAGUGGACGAGGGCCUGGGUACAGGUAUUUUGGAGCGGCGAAGAAAUUGCCCGGUGUAAGAGAGUUGUUUGAGAAGCCGCCGGAACUGCGAAAGAGAAGAACUAGGUAUGAUAUAUAUAAGAGGAUUGAUGCUAGUUAUUACGGGUACAGGGAUGAUGAGGAUGGGGUGUUGGAGAGGGUGGAGGGACCAGCGGAGGCGAAGAUGAGGGCGGAGGCAGAAGAGGAAUGGAAGAGGGUUGAGGAGGUGAGGAAAGAAGCAAGGAAGGGGGCAAAGGAGGUGGUAACUGUGGGGGCAGCAAAGGAGGUACUGUUUGAAGAGGAGGAAGAUGUGGUGGAGGAAGAAAGGAACAAGGAGAGGGAGGAGAUGGAGAAGAGAGAGAAGGAAAGGGAGUUUGUUGUCCAUGUGCCAUUGCCAGACGAGAAAGAGAUUGAGAGGAUGGUGGUGGAGAAGAAGAAGAUGGAGCUUCUGAGUAAGUACGCCAGUGAAGGGCUGUUGGAACAGCAGAGUGAAGCCAAGGACAUGCUUAACAUUCAUCGGUAGAGUAUGCUAAUAUGUAUCGGACUUAUUUCUUUGUCUGGUGGGUUUUAUUUGUUUUAAAAUCCAUGCGAAAUUGAGUUGGGAUGAUACGAUGUACAGUCAUGUCAUCCGAUAUGAAACUGGAUGGAGCCCUUUUUUCUUUAGUAAUGUUGAAUACUAGAAUCUUAAUGCAUAUUUGGA